UGGCUCAUUCCUCCGUUUCUCGUUUAGUUGUUCGGAAGAAGCCGCGCACUGAACAGUCUUACCCCGCGUGAUAGAGUGACUGACCGCCCGUAUCCGCCACGAUGUCUCGGGGAUCUAUAGAAAUCCCCCUGCGGGACACUGAUGAGGUGAUCGAGUUGGACUUCGACCAGCUGCCAGAGGGAGAUGAGGUCAUCAGCAUCCUCAAGCAGGAACACACACAGCUGCACAUAUGGAUCGCACUGGCCCUGGAGUACUACAAGCAGGGGAAGACAGAGGACUUUGUGAAGCUGCUGGAGGCAGCGCGUAUCGACGGUAACCUUGACUACCGCGACCAUGAGAAGGACCAGAUGACGUGCCUGGACACGCUGGCGGCCUACUACGUCCAGCAGGCGCGACGUGAGAAAAACAAGGACACCAAGAAGGAGCUCAUCACUCAGGCAACGCUGCUCUACACCAUGGCCGACAAGAUCAUCAUGUACGACCAGAACCAUCUGCUGGGCAGAGCGUGCUUCUGUCUCCUCGAGGGAGAUAAGAUGGACCAAGCUGACGCCCAGUUCCACUUCGUGUUGAACCAGUCCACCAACAACAUCCCAGCUCUCCUAGGUAAGGCCUGCAUCUCCUUCAAUAAGAAGGACUACAGAGGAGCUCUGGCGUACUAUAAGAAGGCACUCCGCACCAAUCCUGGAUGCCCUGCUGAGGUGCGUCUGGGCAUGGGCCACUGCUUCGUGAAGCUGAGUAAGCUGGAGAAGGCGCGCCUGGCGUUCGGGCGGGCGCUGGAGCUCAACUCCAAGUGUGUGGGCGCGUUGGUAGGCCUGGCCGUGCUGGAGCUCAACAGCAAGGAGGCCGACUCCAUCAAGAACGGAGUCCAGCUGCUGUCCCGCGCCUACACCAUCGACCCCAGCAACCCCAUGGUGCUCAACCACCUCGCCAACCACUUCUUCUUCAAGAAGGACUACAGUAAGGUGCAGCACCUGGCCCUUCAUGCGUUCCACAACACGGAGGUGGAGGCCAUGCAGGCGGAGAGCUGCUACCAGCUGGCCCGCUCCUUCCACGUGCAGGAGGACUAUGACCAGGCGUUCCAGUACUACUACCAGGCCACCCAGUUUGCGUCGGCCACGUUCGUGCUGCCCUUCUUUGGGCUGGGCCAGAUGUACAUCUACCGGCGGGACCGCGAGAACGCCGCGCAGUGCUUUGAGAAGGUGCUGAAGGCCUACCCAAACAACUACGAGACCAUGAAGAUCCUCGGCUCGCUCUACGCCACCUCCGACGACCAGGAGAAGAGGGACAUUGCCAAGGGUCAUCUGAAGAAGGUGACGGAGCAGUACCCUGACGAUGUGGAGGCCUGGAUUGAGCUCGCUCAGAUCCUCGAGCAGACCGACAUACAGGGGGCGCUCUCUGCGUACGGUACAGCUACGCGUAUCCUGCAGGAGAAGGUGCAGGCGGAUGUUCCUCCUGAGAUCCUCAACAACCUGGGAGCUCUGCACUUCAGACUAGGCAACCUGGGGGAGGCCAAGAAGUACUUCCUGGCGUCGCUGGAGCGGGCGAAGGCCGAGGGGGAGCAUGACGAGCACUAUUACAACGCCAUCUCCGUGACAACCUCCUACAACCUGGCCCGCCUCUACGAGGCCACCUGCGAAUACCACGAGGCCGAGAAACUCUACAAGAACAUCCUGAGGGAACACCCCAACUAUGUGGACUGUUACCUGCGGCUCGGUGCCAUGGCGAGGGACAAGGGCAAUUUCUACGAAGCCUCUGAUUGGUUCAAAGAAGCUCUGCAGAUCAACCAGGACCAUCCUGACGCCUGGUCACUGAUUGGUAACCUCCACCUGGCCAAGCAGGAGUGGGGUCCGGGGCAGAAGAAGUUUGAGCGCAUCCUGAAGCAGCCGUCCACUCAGAACGACACCUACAGCAUGCUGGCACUCGGCAACGUGUGGCUACAGACCCUGCACCAGCCCACACGCGACAGAGAGAAGGAGAAACGUCAUCAGGACAGAGCUCUGGCCAUCUAUAAGCAGGUGCUGAGGAACGACUCUAAGAAUCUCUACGCAGCCAACGGCAUUGGCGCAGUGCUGGCCCAUAAGGGCUACUACCGUGAGGCUCGUGAUGUGUUCGCUCAGGUGCGGGAGGCCACAGCUGACAUGAGCGACGUCUGGCUCAACCUGGCACACAUCUACGUAGAGCAGAAACAGUACAUCAGCGCUGUACAGAUGUAUGAAAACUGCCUGAAGAAGUUCUACAAGCACCAGAACACUGAGGUGCUGCUCUACCUGUCCAGGGCCUACUUCAAGUGUGGCAAGCUACAGGAGUGCAAGCACACGCUGCUCAAGGCACGUCACGUUGCCCCUAGCGACACGGUGUUGAUGUUUAACGUGGCGUUGGUGCUGCAGCGCUUAGCAACGCUGGUCCUCAAGGAUGAGAAGAGCAACCUGAAGGCCGUACUCAGCGCUGUCAAAGAGCUGGAGCUGGCUCACAGGUAUUUCAGCUACCUGAGCAAGGCUGGCGAUAAGAUGCGCUUUGAUUUGGCACUCGCCGCCUCUGAGGCCAGGCAGUGCUCUGAUCUCUUGUCCCAGGCGCAGUACCAUGUGGCUCGUGCACGUAAGCAGGACGAGGAGGAGAAGGAACUCAGGGCCAAACAGGAGCAGGAGAGAGACCUGCUGCGCCAGCAGAUGAUGAAGGAGCAGGAGGAGAAGCGCUAUAAGGAGGUGGAAGAGCAGAAGAAGCUUCUGGAACAGCGAGCCCAGUACGUGGAGAAGACCAAGAGCCUGCUGACCUUCACCGACACCGACACCACCCGCGACAAAAAGAGAAGCGGGGGAGGAGGCAGGCGUAAGAAGGGCGGGGACGCGGACGAGUUUGUGAACGACGACUCAGAUGAAGACCUGCCAGUCAAGAGGAAGAAGAAGAGGAGAGCCAGCGGCACUGACCAAGACGACGACGGACAGGAGGGAGGAGACAAGAAACCACGCAAGAAGAGACGCAGGCCUCAGAAGGGAGAUGAAGAGGGAAGUGAUGAUGAGGAGGAAGGAGGCUCACGACCGAAGAAGCAACGCAAACCCAAAAAGAGGAUCGAGAAGGCUAAACCUGAGCGUCUGCCUCCGUCACUUAAAGGGAAGAUCAAAUCAAAAGCCAUCAUCUCCUCCUCAGACUCCUCCUCCGACGAGGAUGGACUCAAGAUCGCAGAGGACAGGAACCCGAGGGACAGUGGUUCUGGUUCUGAUGAUGAGGAGCGGCCUCACAAGAAGCGUCUGGCGUCCGACAGUGGCUCAGAGGCGGGGCAUAGCGGCAGCGGCCAAGGGUCCGGCCAAUCAGAAGAGGAUUCAGGCAGUGAGGGUGGGGCUAAGCGCAGGCCGCGUGCCCAAUCAGAUUCAGAGUCUGAGAGGAGUCGGCGAAGUGCCUCGGGGAGAGGCUCCGACAGCGAGUCCCCGCCCCCCUCCCCUAGACCCGCCUCCGAGGGAUCUCCCCGCCAAUCAGAGUCUGAGGCUGAAGCGUCCAAUCGCGGCUCAGAAGACAGCGAGUGACAGCCCAGCUGGAGUGCUGUGCCCCCCUGUGGUAGCGACUGGUACUGCAAGAAUCAUGUCCAGCCUGGAGCUGCAGUCACAGCCCUGUCUCUGUCUGUGUGUGUGCUCUCUACACACACACACACACACACACACACACU